AUGAUUGAUACCGAUUAUCGACGUAAAAUUUGGUCAUAUGAUGUAUUCACGGAUUAUCAAACACCAUAUUUGAUACGAAAUAGACAACCUUCGAAGAUCCUUAAUUAUUUCGUUGGAUCCGGUUCUAAUGGCCAUGAUAUAGCACUUUCUGGUACUGCUCAUGGCGAAGUACUUGGUUACGAACGUCCACUAUUUUUUAGAUCAGAUGAAGCAGGAAAAAAUUUUGAAGAUUUAAGUAAACAAGGUGCAUUUGGUGUAGUUGUUAUUGAUAUGACAUCAUUCACAAAAUAUGAAUUAAAAUCAGCAAAUCGAAGUGUUGUGGAUUUUCUUCAAAUGCUUUGUGCAAAUAAUAUUGAUAUGCCAAUUGGUACUGUUGUUCAUACAGGAAUGUCAAAUGAACAAAGUGGUUAUGAAAAUGAUUGUUCGGUUAUAUGUCUAGGAGAAUAUCAUUUUCUUUUGGUGAGUUCAACGUCGCAAUCAACUCGCAAUAUAAAAUAG